AUAACUGGUCCUGGCAGGAUACCGUCUCGGUCUUGAGCGCCACUGAUCUAAGGUCAUAGCUCUGCUUGCUGCUCCCACCCGCUCCAGUCUAAAACCUGCGGUUCCAAGGUUCUCCGGCCCCUCCCUUUCUCACGCUCCGAAGCCGAGAAGGCCCAAAGCGAAGAUAGAGAGGACCCGGAAGUAGGGAAAACCUCUGAGCACGUGAUGGGGGAACACGCGUGUGCUGUCACGUGAUCCGACAGCCGGCCUCUGCAAAGUGCAGAAUGUUCUGCUGCUCUUAAAGACCCUCAUCCCUCCCGUGGGAGCCCCUUUUGGACACUCUAUGACCCUGGACCCUUGGGGGACCUGAACUUGAUGCGAUGGGAGGCUGUGCGGGCUCGCGGCGGCGCCUUUCGGAUUCCGAGGGUGAGGAGACCGUCCCGGAGCCACGGCUCCCUCUAUUGGACCAUCAGGGCGCGCACUGGAAGAACGCGGUGGGCUUCUGGCUGCUGGGCCUUUGCAACAACUUCUCUUAUGUGGUGAUGCUGAGUGCUGCCCAUGACAUCCUUAGCCACGAGAGGACAUCAGGAAACCAGAGCCAUGCCGUGCUCCUGGCAGACAUCCUCCCCACGCUCGUCAUCAAAUUGUUGGCUCCUCUUGGCCUUCACCUGCUGCCCUACAGCCCCCGGGUUCUUGUCAGUGGGAUUUGUGCUGCUGGAAGCUUCGUCCUGGUUGCCUUUUCUCAUUCUGUGGGGACCAGCCUGUGUGGUGUGGUCUUGGCUAGCAUCUCAUCAGGCCUCGGGGAGGUCACCUUCCUCUCUCUCACUGCCUUCUACCCCAGGGCUGUGAUCUCCUGGUGGUCCUCAGGGACUGGGGGAGCUGGGCUGCUGGGGGCCCUGUCCUACCUGGGCCUCACCCAGGCUGGCCUCUCCCCGCAGCAGACCCUGCUCUCCAUGCUGGGUAUCCCUGCCCUGCUGCUGGCCAGGUGAGCUGCCCUGAACUGGGAGGGAGAGGGGUGGGGUUUUGCCCCUGGAGGGGAAGAAGAGGUGGAGAGCUCAGCCCGGCAGCCCCUCAUAAGAACCGAGGCCCCGGAGUCGAAGCCAGGCUCCAGCUCCAGCCUCUCCCUUCGGGAAAGGUGGACAGUGUUCAAGGGUCUGCUGUGGUACAUUGUCCCCUUGGUCGUGGUUUACUUUGCCGAAUAUUUCAUCAACCAGGGACUUUUUGAACUCCUCUUUUUCCGGAACACUUCCCUGAGUCACGCUCAGCAAUACCGCUGGUACCAGAUGUUGUACCAGGCAGGCGUCUUUGCCUCCCGCUCUUCUCUCCGCUGCUGUCACAUCCGUUUCACCUGGGCCCUGGCCCUGCUGCAGUGCCUCAACCUGGCAUUCCUGCUGGCGGACGUGUGGUUCGGCUUUCUGCCAAGCAUCUACUUCAUCUUCCUGAUCAUUCUGUAUGAGGGGCUCCUGGGAGGCGCAGCCUACGUGAACACCUUCCACAAUAUCGCCCUGGAGACCAGUGAUGAGCACCGGGAGUUUGCAAUGGCGGCCACCUGCAUCUCUGACACGCUGGGGAUCUCCCUGUCGGGGCUCCUGGCUUUGCCUCUGCACGACUUCCUCUGCCAGCUCUCCUGAUACUCGGGAUCCUUGGGACGCAGGUCACACUCACCUGUGGGCAGAGGGGCAGGUCACAUACCCAGGCCCACCCUAGAGCCCCUCCACGAACUGUGCUCCUGGCCUUUCCAGCAGGGCUGGGAGUAGGGAAGGGCUGAGACCUUGGUCCCCUUGCAGGGGGGGCUAGCCAUUGUCUCCCGCUCAGGGAGCUUCUUCCUGGCAUCAUGCCCUCUGAAUAAAUGCCGAUUUUAUCCAUGAA